ACCGCGGAGCAACACAUGGGGAGCUGGCGGCUCUUGGAGAAGGGGUUUGUGCUGUGUCUGGUUUUACGAUGGCAAGUUGGACUGCUGCGGCUUCUAGACUCUUACAAGGCUGCAUUUGAUAUAGAAUAUGUAAAAAUUGGCUCACACAAGCAGGGUUCUUGCUCAUCAACUCAAGCCAGUAAAAGCAGAUUAAUGAUGGACGCGGCCUCAGCUCCACAAAUCGUGAUAAACAGAACAAACUGGCAGGAUGAAGCUGUAGAUUUACCUCCAGAUGACCACCUCGUGACAUUGAAGGCUUUGACAGAGAAAUUAAGACUGGAGACCAGGAGGCCUUCUUACCUGGAGUGGAAAGCUCGGUUGGAGAAAGAAAGCUUCAAAGAAUCAGGAAAUGCAAAAUACCCGAUUCAUGUGGAACCUGAAGGGAAACGACUCACGCACAAACAGACUGCGACAAACUCAGAUGAGAUUCAGCAGAAGCUGCCAUCAGGUUUGCUAAAGGGAUUCGAGAACAUUGAUGAAGCUCUCACAUGGCUCAGAAGAGAGCUGAUGGAUAUGCGUUUGCAGGAUCAGCAGCUGGCCAGGCAGCUCAUACGACUUCGGAAUGACAUCAACAUGCUGAAGAUCGAGCAGACAUGCCACCAGCAUCGUAGGAUGCUCAACGAUGCCACCUUUGGCCUUGAGGAAAAGGACGAGCUGUCAGACCUGCUGUGCGAGUGCCCGGUCACGCCGGGCCUCGGCCUCUCGGCCCCACUGCGACUCAUCGGUGUCACCAAGAUGAACAUUAACUCUCGCCGGUUUUCACUCUGCUAGAUAAUGAUCCUUCAUAUGCUUACAAACAACUGCUCCAGUACAACCAUAUAUUAGCUAGUAGGGAUGGUUUAACAGUCCAACAAAAAGUAAAUUAUUUCUAAAAAUAACUUACAGUGUUUGCCAUUAACUAUAAAUGGCAGCUAGUUCAUGUGCUGGAACAUCUUUGUCUUACAAUUGCAGCAGAUCACAGAGAUUUUAACCCAUCGUGAGUUAAAAUUGAGUUCUUGCUGUUUAAUAGCAAAUUCCUAUCCACUUUUUAGGCCUUAUAAGUUAAAUAGUUACUGAUGAUUUCUUAUAUUUCCAUACACUUUAUUGGACAAACAUAGACUGAAGUUUUACAUACACGUACUACAUAGAAACUUCUGUUUGUUUUUAAUGAAUCAUUAAACUAGUUUCUUUCAUGUCUUGUAUCUAACCUGAGCAUUUUGUUUUCUAAAAAGAUGCCUUAAAUGAUUUAUUCUUUAUAAUGACUGAGCAACUAUUGUCUGAGCUCAUGAUAGUCUCCAGUGCUUUAGUUAAGUUUCCCCUUGUUUAAGCAAGUUUCCUUUACAUGGCUGUUUGUUGAACGUUAGCUCUAAUGGCAACCAUUAUCUGUUUGAAAGAUGCACAAGAUUUCACUUCCCAGAUAAACACUGAAAUAUAACUCAUCUCAAUCCCUGAUUGUACCCAAUCACAUGAUUUUGUGGCUCCUCUCAUGAGCCUUGUAAUGUUAGAGUUGCAGUUUUAAUUGAAGGCAACCAUUUCCUAACAGGAAAUUUGCUCAAAUGGGGUUUUGUGUUGGAAAUAAGCAUAUGAAAUGUGUGCUCAGUCCUAGUGCACUAGCCAUGCAGUUAGAAAAUGAGAUUUAUGGCUUGAGAUGCUACAUAACACAGAUGCGCAGACAUAAACCUUUCUCACACAUUUUGCCAUUUAUUUUAUGUAUGACAGCACUUUUAGUGAAACUAAUAACCUUUUCUGAAAUGAUGAAAGUGCACACUGAUGUCUUGUGCUUCACUUUGUUCCAGCAGUUGACUGUGUUCUCUGAGCAGUAAAGCAGUGAAACUAAUUCUUUGUUUACUCUUUGACGUUAUAUUAUGUGAUAUCAGCUGAAGCAUACCUUAAAGCUUAGAUAGUCUAAGUAAUAAUCAAGCUAAAGUCAUUAGAGGGAACUCUCAUUUGGUUUACUAGCAUCUUUAAAUGUCACCACUGACACCCAAAUUAUAUAAAAUGUACAAAUGUCCCUCCAACAAAGCCAGGCUUCUACAGAAACAGAAUCGGUCUUCUGAUCUUGCUCUCAGUCAGAGAAGCAAAUGUGUUCACAAAAAUGUGUAAUUACUUCUUUCAGCAUUGGAGCACCAAAUGAACAUCCUGUCAUUUUUGUCCUAAUGACUUUUCGCAAGAAAAAUGCCAUCUGUGCAAGUGAAAUAAGUGAAGAUUUGUGUUCCUGGAAGUGUACUGCAUUCCCUGAUCCCUGCAACACUCAUUGUUCUGAAGUAACAUGUCAUGAAUGAUUUUGCUGAGCCUGAGAUUUUCAUGCAUGAGCUCAAGCUCUAUUAGAGCUUAUUGCUGCUGGAAAAAAAAACAAUUCUUUUAGUGUAAAAGGCUGCCAAAACGGGAGUUGUAUACAUUUUUUGAUGAUUUGCAGGUGAUCAAAGUGGGUUUUUUUUUCACAGAAUUCCUAUAAAAUGCAUUAAACAAAUUCUAAACUCUGUCAGUAGAAAAGUAUACUUUGUUUUUGUUUAGAUUCCUGCUCUGCUUAACAGCUGUUCCUGCCAGAUUAUUAAUUUCAUGCCUUAACCAUCUCAUUAUCAUAACAAAUGACAGACGAAAAACUGGCACCAUCUAUUUGACAGGCAUAAAAUCAGGCACUAUAUCUGUAGCUUGGGCAUUAAGACCGAAACGGCAUGUGUUAUCAAAAGUAGGACAAGUUGAAUCUGAAAUAAUCUGCUGUUUUUGGAUUUUUUGGACCACAAUUAUAAAAUAUGUCUCUGUAAUCCAGAGAGUGUUUAAUGGAAAUAGUUAUAUUCAGAUUGUGAUAUUUAAUCCACCAGGAGCUGCCACCCAGUUCCAGUAUUUUAACAGAUGUGACACCACAUCUCCUCAUGUCUGAGUUAAAUCUUCAAGCAUGAAUAGCCGACAGAAACGUUACCAAGGUGAACGACACAGUGAGACUGGCAAGAAUCCCAGGCUUUUUCUCACCUUGAGUGGUUUGUGUAGGAGUGUGUUAGCACAUCUCAUCCCAAAGAUGUACUGUGAAGAUGAGAUGGUUUAACACGACAACACAGCAGGCUUUAGAAGGCCAUAAUAAGUAGCUGCAAGGAGGUGAAUACUUUUCUAUAACUGAUGGGUCACUCUUCUCUGGCUUUUUUAGAUAAAUUUCCCUUUCCGUCAUUAGUAGCACUUUGCAAUGCCAUUUUAUUAGUGAUUUACUUUAAAUUUUCAGCAAGUAAAGGCAUUUUUAUUGUUAACUAGAGUAGAAAUAGGAUCUUUAUAGGUCAGAGCAACACUUGGAGCAGUUCCUGGACACAUAUAAACAUGUCCAGGAGUCAGGGGAAAAUAGCUUUAACACCAUCAUUUUCUAUCUGGAAAA